UUCUGCCACCAUAAAUCGUCCACUUAGAUGUGGCCUGGUAAAUUUGGAAACCAUCCAGGCAGGUUUGACGAAAUAUUUGCCAUGUACCUGAGGGACUCUUUAAAAAAGCGUGUUGUCGAGAAACGUGACGUUUGUCGGGUGAAAGUUGAACAGAUGAGAGAAACCGAGGAGAACCGCCACACGUUUGCCUUUGACCACAAAGAGGAAGAUGCACGAAUUAAAUUGUGUCAGGGUCUUCUUACAGUCCUUCGUCGGUCAGAUCAUCCACUUUGCCAAAGCACCUGCCUGGAGACCCUGCGCAUCCUGUCCAGAGACAAGCGUGUACUUGGACCCGUAGCCACCAAAGAGGGCAUCCUUACUCUAGCAGGACUGGCACGGAUCCAUGUGGCGGGACAUGACGGAGAGCCGCUAGAGGAGGCACAGUCAGCAGAGGAGGAGAGGGUUGUAGUGGAGGCCCUCAAGUGCCUGUGCAAUGUAGUGUUUAACAGCGUGCCGGCACAGCAGGUGGGCGCUGAUGUGAAGUUGGCAGAGGGUCUGUGUGCCCGCUUGCCUUUGGUCAGCUCAUCCCAUCAUGAGGUGGGCCUUUUCUCCCUCCGGCUGCUGUUUCUGCUUUCCGCUCUGCGGUCGGAUGUGCGUGGUAUGCUUCAGAAGGAGGCGGGUGCAGUGAGGUUGCUCACUGACAUACUGGAACGCACCCUUGACGUCUGUUGGGUGGGGCCAUAUGAGGCCGCACCACCUAAACAAGAAGCCCUGCCCAUUUCCUCAGAAAACAAUGAGCUUGCCAUGGAAGCCCUUAAAGCUCUGUUUAACAUCACUAUGUCUGAUUCCAGUGAUGAGGACAAUGACCACCAGCUUCGGCUGAUUGCAGGCAUCAUGAGACAUCUCCUAAUGCUCAAGACACACACUGACGAUAAAACUGAGGAGGCUCACAGUCAUACCAUAAAUCUCCUGAGUAACCUUCCUGUGCGAUGCCUGGAUGUUCUUAUAGACGUCCCUGUCCAAGGAGGGAUUGAAAUGUAUGGUGGGAAGAACAUGGACGUAGUGCAGAUACUUCUAGAUUUUAUGGAAAGGAGGAUAGACAAGGGGACCAACUAUAAAGAAGGCUUGACACCUGUGCUGAGUCUGAUGACAGAGAGCUCUAGAUACCACAGGGAGAUCCGCAGAUACCUCAAGACCCAGGUGCUGCCUCCCCUGAAGGAUGUGAAGGAAAGGCCGGAAAUCGGUUGCACAGUUCGAAACAAACUGGUGCGUCUCAUGACGCAUGUAGAUAUGGCAGUGAAACAGGGGGCCGCUGAGUUUCUCUUUGUGCUCUGCAAGGAGAGCGUGGAUAAUCUGUUGAAGUACACUGGUUAUGGUAAUGCUGCGGGACUGUUGAUGGCACGAGGGUUGCUGGCCGGAGGCAGAGGAGAGACACAGUACUCAUCUGAUGAAGAUUCUGACACUGAGGAGUACAAAUCAGCCAAACCAUUUAUCAACCCCAUCACAGGUCACAUAGAGCUCCCAAUGCCAAACCCUAUGGAGGAGAUGACAGAGGAGCAGAAGGAAUAUGAAGCUCAGAAGCUUGUCAAAAUGAUUGAUGAAUUAUCAAGGAAGGAACUGAUCAGACCAAUGGGAGUGAGGAAGGAUGGCACUCUAGCUCCCCUAGGAGAAGCCAUCCAUCAAUGCAGCCCUCCACCCAGCAGUGACUCCGACUCAGACUAGCAGGAGUUUAGUUCACUCAAAUAAAUCCUCUAGGCACCGCUGCUGCCAGCUGAUCACAAGUCUUACUGUCUGACCCUUGCACGGGGGAUAGUUCAGUUAUUUCCUACUGAGGUUCUUUUGUCGCAUGAGGGCAUGUCUUUCUAAUUGAGACAUGAAUGGUGAACUAUAGAGUGAGCAGAGAGAGAGAGGAAGCAGAAAUGUUUAAAUAGAUAUAAGGUUGUCACCGCACUCCAUAUAUGUUCACAGUGACUGUAUAAGAUGGAACUGUUAAGUAGGAAGUUACACAGCAUAUUCACGUGUCUCUGUGCACAAGUAAAUGCACUUGGUCUUCAUUAAUGAAGUAUAAAGGCUUAAUGUCAUUUACCCUUAAGAAAAGCUGUUCAUUUAGGUUUGUAUUUAUUAAGCAGUCUGGGGCUGUUGCUGGUUCACAGUUGGAAGAAACCUGUUCCAUGUUUCAAAAUACUUCAGUGUCUUUUGAAAUGUUAUGCCACGACAAGCCAUGAUAUCACUUGUGCUAAAAAAAAAAAAAAAAAAAAA